AAGAAAGAGAGAGAGAGAGAGAGACCUGGGCACUUUCCGCGUUUGUCAGAUCUACUUUUACUCGAUACGCACAGCCAAGGUGUAGAUACAUCAAAGGAUGUGCAGCCAUGUGCGUAUAAGAUAAUUAUUUGCAGAGUAUUGAACAUCUUUCGACUCAUCCAAUGCCAGGAUAUGGAUCAGAUCACCGACUAUACUCCGUAGAUGAGCCGUAGACCGAAUUGGACCAAUAUGCGACGGGAAUCUGACAUAUGUACCAAUUCAAUUUUCGCCCUACCAGGCCCACAUCAUCCCAUAUUCUCAUACCGACAUAUCCAGAUUCGCUUAGUAUGAGUAUCGCAGCCGCUACUUCCGGCUACCGCCGUUUUGUGCGUACUGUAUGUACAAAAGUGGCCAACGUUGAACAUUCGUUUUUUGUAGGUGGACCGACUUGCCGGAAUUGCGGGGCUGCAGAUUGGCUUUUCCUUCGAGGAUGAAAAUGCUGCUUAAUUAACCUUGAACCACUGCCCUUUGGUAGAA